AUGCCUAGAUCUCGUGUAAAUGGAAAUUUCAUUGAUAAGACAUCCUCAAUUGUAGCCAAUAUUUUAUUGCGAAUAAUUCUGACAACCUCAGGAGGAAAAAAGGCAUUUACUUAUUAUAGAGAUAUUGCUAUAUGGAUGUUGGCUCAAUCCGAAGGAAAUUAUGCGGAACCUUUGCAAAAUUAUCAUGAAGCUACGCGACUAGAAAUCGAUGCCUAUGAUCGAAGUUAUAUACUCUAUAACAUAGGCCUUAUACAAACAGGCAAUGGAAAGCAUACAAAGGCUUUGGAAUAUUAUUUCCGGGCACUAGAACGAAACCCCUUCUUACCGCAAGCUUUUAAUAAUAUGGCAGUGAUCUGUCAUUACCGAGGAGAACAUGCCAUUCUACAGGGUGAUUCGGGAAUUGCAGAAGCUUGGUUUGAUCAAGCUGCCAAAUAUUGGAAACAAGCUAUAGCGCUUACUUCAGGAAAUUAUAUUGAAGCACAUAAGUGGUUGAAGAUUACGAAGCACUUUGAAUUUCAAUAA